GUACAUGCAGCAUGGACCAAAUGAAGGCAAUAAUGAUAUCGGAGGGAAUUUAACAAGACUCUAGAUCUGACGAAAAGAUAAUAAAAUAAGAAGAGGGUGUGUUUAGCACUUUGUACCUUAAGCAAACACAGCAUAAACAGGUGUAUAUACUCUGGAACCCGCAGUCCAACAUUUUGCAGACCUCUUGAUGAGCAAAUAUAAUACAUAAACAAUUGUCCCUGAGAGCUUGCAAUCAAACGGCUAUUUAUGCACAAGUUACUCACUAGAAGCACCUUUGGAAGUUAGCACCACAUUAUUCUGAAGGACAGUUCAGUCUCCACGUGGGGAGCAGAUUUUGUUUUUUGGACAGCCCUGGACUCUGUCUGUUAUCACUAUGUGUGUGAUCUGUGUCAACAACUGAGCUUUCUCGUCACUGCAAAGCCACAGCCGUGUGCAGGCAGGACAGGGGCAAGCAGGGAGGGGGGCACAGUGGUGCAUCAUGGAGUGAUAAGAAGAUAAGAAGUCAGUUUUCAGGGUACAGCACCUGCAACACCCCUGGGACUCACUGAUUAUUGGAUACAGAUUCUGGAACGUCUCAGAUAAGUUAUACAGUGAGUUGUCUUGAAACCUCUAAGAUAAGUGUAACAGUGACUUGUCCUGAAACUUCUAACAAAGGUGAUACAAUAGUUUGUCCUGAAACUUCUGCAAUAAGUGGUACAGUGACUUGUUCUGGAACCCCUAUGAUAAGUGAUACAGUUAAGUGAGCAGUUUGCAAGUUGAUAAAAACAUGGAAAAAUUAAGAGAACUAAUUUAACUGCUUCUUGGCUGAAGGGGUGACGUGGCACAUGGUACCCCAUGUUUUUGGGGGAGGAAAGGAGGGCCGCACGCCCUGUGGGAAGGCAGAGGAACCAUAGAUUUUUUUGGAGACAUAUCGUGGAAAGACUAUUAUGCUGUGUCGAGGGAGGAAAUGACAAGGAGGUUUGUCCUAAUGAGAAGAGAGCUAGAGAACUUCUCAUCGACAAAAAGGAGAAUGGUGGAGAGAGAAUAAUAGGCAAACCGAAGGACUGUAUCAGCAAUAAAGAACCACUGGAUGAAGGGGGUAACAUGGAUUUGGAAGCCCUGGAGAGUAGCCACAGACCUGCUCUGGAUAACCCAUAUGAGCGGGAAGGAUGCACAAAACGUAGCACCUCACCACAGAAAGGGCACCCGGAAAAAGCAGAACUCUUGGCACUGGAAGUGAAGAGAUCACAGCCUUUGCUUAUACACAGCAGCAGGUGGGGGAGAUUACGAGAUGAGGAAACACGAUCCUCAUCGCUCCCCGACAUCCCAAAUCCAUUCCCGGAGCUGUGCAAUUCCUCCCCUAUUUUAAGUAACACCCCAAAUAGUCGUUCCCCGCAGGAAGGGGGGCCUCAUGUGGUGAAGGUGUACAGCGAGGAUGGCACAUGUCGGUCCUUGGAGGUGACAGCGGGAGCGACGGCGCGGCACAUUUGUGACAUGUUAGUGGAAAGAGCGCACUGUCUAAGUGACGAGAGUUGGUCUGUGGUGGAGCUGCACCCACAUCUGGGACUGGAGCGCUGCCUUGAAGAUCACGAGUCGGUGGUAGAGGUUCAAGCAAUGUGGCCUGCGGGAGGAGAUAGCAAAUUCAUCUUUCGCAAGAACUUUGCCAAGUACGAACUGUUCCGAGGAUCCCCUUAUUCAUUGUUUCCAGAGGAUAUGGUAGGAGGAAAUGCAGAGACGCACAAAGGACUCUCUCACUCGGAGCUGAUACAGAACUUCUUGAAUCUGGGUAGCUGGCCAGAGAUUCAGGGAUUCUUGCACAUGAAGGAAAGCGGACGUAAGGUCUGGAAGCGAUUCUUCUUCUUCCUUCGACGAUCCGGCCUCUACUACUCUACCAAGGGAACUUCUAAGGAUCCUCGACAUCUUCAGUAUUUUGCCGACGUAAAUGAAUCGAAUGCGUACUGCUUGACACAGGGAAAGAAACUCUACAAUGCCCCCACGGAUUUUGGGUUCUGUUUAAAACCAUUGAAAAUACGGAGUGGCACCAAAGGUCUGAAGAUGUUAUGCAGUGAAGACGAACAAGCACGAACCUGUUGGCUUACAGCAAUUCGUCUAUUUAAAUAUGGUGCUCAGCUAUACAAGAAUUACCAGUUGUCCCGACGCGGUCCACAGACUUGGGGGGAACACACAAAACCGCGCAGUGCGUCUGACAGCACACUAGUUCCCAUGGAUUUUUCGGGGUGUACAGGUCGUGUGAUAGAGAAUCCUCUUGAAGCAUUGUCUGUGGCCCUGGAGGAAGCUCAGUCAUGGAGGAAGAAAACAACUCAUCGUUACAGUUUGCCUACCCCGUGUCAAACCAACUUGAGUAGUGCAGGUAUUCACAAAACUCAGGCAUGGUACCAUGGGCGGCUGUCACGAGAUGAGACACAACGUCUUAUAGUACAACAAGGAAUGGUGGAUGGAGUUUUCCUGGUACGUGAAAGUACAAGAAAUCCUAAUGGUUUUGUCCUGUCCUUAUGCCACAUGCAAAAGAUCAAACACUACCUCAUCUUACCGUGUGAAGAAGAAGGCAAACCAUACUUCUCCAUGGACGAUGGACAAACAAAGUUUGUUGACCUUAUUCAGCUGGUUGAGUUCCACCAGAUCAACAGGGGUAUCUUACCAUGCACCCUCAAGCACUACUGCACUUCCGUGGCACUAUGAUCCAGUCUCAUAUACUCAAGAUGAAUCAAGUCCUCAUGAAGGAAAUGGUUAGCCUACCAUGUUUUGGGAUGGCUUUCCCACCAUGAAAAAUAUACCGUGUCUACCAUUUUAAGGACAUUACAAAUGCAGUUUCAUGGAUCGGUUAAGUCGAAGUUACUUCGUGCCUGCAUCGUCUUGAAGCUUACUCUGCGUUAAGCACUUAAAGCCUUCUCUGCGUGGCAGAAUUUUUGUCAUCCCAAGGAAAGAGGUUUUGGGACAGACAAUUAAUAAGCUAAAUUUUUCUCCUUGAUGGUACAAGCAACUUUGAAGACUGUUAUGUGACAGUCUAGUGACAUUAAGUGGCUCGAUCCCACUUGAAGACAAGCUGCCUUGAAUCUCCUGUUGCCCCUUAAAAGCUGACGGGAGUUGGGCACCCAAAGGUUCGAAUAGGAAUACUAAAUGGUGCACCCGUUGAUGAGAGCACUGUACUGUAUAUAUUUACAAAAACCAGUUCAAUGUCACAUAUUUUUUAUGAAAAAAAAUCUUAUCUAUAUAUUUUUGUCUUCUAUUUUCUCUUAUUUUUGUACAAAACACUCUAACCUCAAAUCUACAUAUGAAGAGAAAAUAUUAUUUAUAUAUACCCAAGAGUCACUAAAAUAAAAAUAAAAAAUAUUAAAAAUCA